GUGUGAGUGUGUGAGCGCGCGUGUGUGUGCGCGCGUGGAGGAUCUGCUUUCUGCUGGAGUUCCUCUGAGCCCGGGGCGUGACGUCACUCUCCCAGAAUGCAUGGCUUCCAGCGCGGCGCCCAGCAGUCCAGGCCCGAGCUCCAAUAAACAUCUUUUUAAAAACUUGUUCCAAAAAUGUCGAUGUGGAGACGGUGCGGAGGCUGGACGGAACGCGGGACCGAGGCACAAUCGGCCUGUAAAGAUGUUGACCUGCCUCUGUGAUUCAACUGCUGGGACUGUGGCAUUCAGUGGCUGCUGAAUACUAAAAUACACUGCAAGCCGAAAUAAAAACCAAUCUCAGGACACACAUAGAUCCAGUCAGAGCUUCCAAAGUUUCUCAUUACAGCGGCCCUUUUGGGGUUGCUAUGGCAGCUGCUGUCACAGAAACUAAGUGCUGGACACAGGCUUGCCCCAGUAAGGCAGGACAGAUCAGUAGUCAUUACUGCAAGGGACCAUCACACAGUCAACAAACAGCACUUGGCAUUAAUUCUGCACUCUAAGUUAACAAAUCGGCAAGAGGUCUGCAGGCUGAUGGUCAACUCUCCCCAUGAGUCUUGUCUAUGUCUGCUCAGGCUCUUGGACAGAGUCCCUGUGCAGCAACAGAGCCAACAUUGUGCUUUAGACCAUGUUCCACCAGCAGAGCCAUCUGAAAAACCAGCUGCAGGAGAGCGACCCAGCCAGCAGGCAGCUUUUCCACUGCCAGGAGUGUGGAAAGCAGUACAACACCCAGCUGGGCUACAGACGCCACCUGGUGGCAGCUCACAGCGCCGCAGCAAACUUGCCCUGCCCAGAGGGGGCCCCUUCCCUGCUGGAGCAGCUAGGCGGCCAUAUUGACCGGCCUCCACCAUCAGAGGGCAACACCAAUGUUGCUGUGCCAGUGAGAGAGAGGAAGUACUCGUGUGAGAGAUGCGACCGCCGUUUUUACACUCGAAAGGAUGUACGGCGUCACGCUGUAGUGCACACUGGGCGCCGUGACUUCCUGUGCCCGCGCUGUGCACAACGCUUUGGCCGCAGAGACCACCUGACUCGUCACUUGAAGAAGAGCCAUGCCCAAGAGUCAGGGUUGAUGCCGCCCUGUACUCCCAGCACUCCUGUGGCUGCACCGAGCCCUGCCACUCAGUGCCCUGUGAAAGAGGAGCCCAGCCCUGUGGCCUCUGAUAUGGGCUCUGUCUCCAAGGAGCCCAUGGAGACUUUCUCCAGGGACAUGUACCCUUCCUAUCCCAUGGCCAAUCCUGUUCCUGGAAUGGGCCACUCCCAUGGCCUCAUGCAGGGUUCUUUGUCCUCGGGCAUGGGUGUAGGUCGCCACAUGUCCCCCCAGUCUUCUCACCCCCAUCACCAUCACCUUCAGCCCCCGGCAGCUCCACAGCAGCAGCCCUACAGCAACAUGUCUCGGUACCAGCACGGAUCUACCUCAUAUCCUCGUGCUGACGUGGACAGUUUCUUGCUGGACCUGCAGAGUGCCCCCCCACCUCACCUGAGUGCAGUCAACCCCUCUACCUCUACUUCUGCCUCCCCACAGAGGGAGGUUCUGGGCGAAGGAGUAAGCGCUGGUGGCGACCCCCACCUGCUGUCCAGGAGCCCUGCUAUCUCCUCGUCUGAGCUGUCCUGCACCACUAACAUGGACCUCGGGCCUCUGCUGAGCUUCUUGCCUUUCAGCUUGCCGCCUUACAGCCCUCACAUGGGAAUGGGAGGGCUAGUGAUGAGCUAUCCGCCUGCUACCACCACCACCUCCUCCCCGUCCUCUUCCACUGGGCUGUCCUCCCAGGCGCCAGGGCCUUUCACCUUCUUCCAGCAUCCCCAGGCUCACGUACCACAGGGCCCAGGAGCCCACAACCACAGCCAGCUACCUCAAACAUACAGCAGUCCUGCUAUGAGCACCUCCAGCUCUCUACCUCACUACUACCAGGCCUUUCAGCAGUAAGCAGCUCUGUCCCAACAAACAUUGCCUUAAUGGAUUUUCUCGUGGAAAGGGUAAAACGUGAGAAUGGCAUCUUUAUUGUAAAACAAAUGUGUAAGUUUAGCCUUUCAGUUUUAAUAAUGCAAAUCUUAGUUGUUAUUGCUGAACACAACAAAUCACCUCAUCAGUAUUACCUCAUUAUUUAAAAAGCUUGAAUGUCUGAGGAAACGUAGUUGAUCUUACUACAACCAAAAUAGAGUUCUACUUCUUUUCGUCAAACCUGUUACAGCGGACGCGCUUGGCGUUAGUCACCGGUGUUUCACAGUGCUGGAAGUCGUCAGGUAUCGUGCAGAAUGCUGCGACGUUUGGGCAUAUCUCACCCUGUAACGUAUCAUCUCUGAGAAGAGCUCACCUCCACGACUGAAGUGGACGUGAGAUAUUUUUCAUUAAAAAUAAAAGCAUUAGUGCAAAAAUAAUACCCGAAUAAAACUGUCUGUAUGUGACAUUAGAACAACAAGCUUACAAACAGAACCUCCCAUCCGGUCAUCCAACAUUGCAUUAGCUGACGUGGACAAGCAGAUGUAGGUGUGAGAUAUUUUUAUCAUUAAUCAUUAUUUAAAGUUUUGUUGAUUUUUGCCGCUUUCUGUAGAGUUCAGAAUAGGCUGUGUUAGUCUGUUUGUAAGUGUGAGUGCAGUCAACAGUGACAGGUAAUAAUAAAGGCGAAGCUAGACAGCACUACGUAAAUCUAUUAAAGAAUUAACAACUAGGAAAUCAAAGAUGCCACACGCACGCUGCGACUGGAAUUGAAUUGCAACAGCAUUGGUGUAAGAUUAGCGUCUUUAUGGGAAAAAAUUUUUUAACGACAGCUCCUCAGGACACAGUCCACACUGGAAGCCCAAGGAUUAUUAGAUGCAUUUAUCUAAGGUUACAUGACUGUUGUGACACCCACACUACAUUGUUUUUCUUUUCUUCCUAUAUUAUAUAGAUUAUUUGGUUAAAAUGCACUUAUGUUUAAUUUCUGUCGCUGGUGAAAUCAUGCCAGACAACUAAACUGCUGUUCCAUCGUUGUUUAUUAGUAAAAACCUUUUAAUAAACCCCUUUUUGUAACAUUUAGGGCCAGAACAUUUGACAAAACAGGUGCUUCUCAGACCGAGAAAUGCUGCUUAAAGGACAUUUCCAUGGACUCCAUUUGAUGUAUUAACUAUGACAUUUGAAAUAAUUGUGUGUCGUGCAUCUCUUUGUCUGAAUGAAGCAUCAGAACAGUGCUGUUGUAAACCCCUUAAGUCGGAUUUAUGCCGGUGUUGUGAUACAAAACUCUUUAAAUAUCAAAUGAGAAUUUAAAAGAAAGUAAAAACGCUGAUGGUAAACGUCUGACCAGUGAGAAACAAGAGGUCAUAUUAUCAAAAAAAGUACUAAAAGCAGGUAAUAGUUUAUACAAAUAACUUGUUUAUUUUCCCUCUAAUUCUUCCUUUUGUUUAAUAUUUAAGAAGUUUUGCUUGAUCACACUGGCACAAGUCUGAUCUGAUAGAAACGGACCCCAGAGACGUUUUGUAGGGUGAUGCUGGAAAUUCUUUCAAAUCACUUCUUCUAAGGAGGGGGAGAGGGUUCGGUGGGCGAAAUGCACCAAAAGCAAGUCACAUAUUGUCGUUGCUACGACCUGCUGAGGGACUAAAUGUGUUUCACGAUGCGGCCAUCCAGAACUGUGACACUUGAACGAUAGCUGUGGAUCAGGACCUGAUAAAAAUGGAAAAUUUAAGUGAUUCUCUGUUAAAUCUCCAGCUGAGGUUUGACAGUCCUCUCAGCGGAUUAAACGUUUCCGCUCUCAUGGGCAAUUUCUAGAAAAUCUCCCUCGAAGUUUAGGUUCACAUUUUCUCGGGUCUGGGAAGGUAAUGAAUUGAAUCAAUCUUCCUAUGUUACUCUUUUUAAUAUAAACUUACUGUGGUGUUUUUUAAGGGGCACCAUGAACAGGAUGCAUCAUCACAGCGAGAGAAACCUGCUCAUACACACUUGUAAAGUCCUGUAUAUCAUGGCUGUUGAGUCUCUGUAGCCUUGACUUCUGCAACUCUUAAUUUCUCUGAUGGAGUCACUACCAGAUAUGCUUUGUUGUCACAGAAAUUAAGUGUGCAUUGUGGUUCUUCUGUAGAUUUAUUAUAGGUCUUAUGGAAAUAUAACAAAUUCCACUGGGUUAAAAAUACACAUACAUAAUCUAAAUGUAAUUUUCUUUGUGGCCUUUUUACGUACUUCCGAUUGACUAUAGCUCAUGACUUCUCUGAGCCAAAUUUAAAUGCAUGAUUGUUUUCUUGUGUCAUCAUACAAUAUGUAUCAGUUAUGAGACAUUGGACAGACUACCAUGAUAUACGUGGCCUUUACAACUGUAUGUAAACUUUUGUUCCCACAAAAACUCAAAAUUGUUUGACGAAUGAAGAUGGAGAAAAUGUGAACCUAUUCUUUCUUUCGGACAGCCAGUUGUGCCAAACAGCAGACGGCGUGUGUCUGCACGUCGCCUUGUGUAAAGAGUUCCUCCUGCAUGUGAUGCAGAUGGAUUACUCGUUCCAGCACAUUGAAGUAUAAUAAUGUGUCUAUAUUUUUAUCUGAAGUAGAGGACAUCAAGCUCUUCCUCCCCCGUUUCCAUGCCUAGCGUAGUGGAAGAUGGCAGCCCUAGCCACACAGUCGUGGGAUUAGCAUUGUGGUGUAAACAAAAAGAAGUUGCAAAGCGCUCCCAGUUACUUUAUUGUUUGUUGUUUUUUUUUUUCUUUUUCUUAAACUGGACCACUGGAUCUGGGCAGGUUGUGACCUGUUUUUCUGUGAAUUUCUGAGUUUAUCUUUGAAUAGAACGCAGCAUAGAUGGCCUUUCAGAGCACUUGUACCCGUUUCCUACCUUUUUGCUGUGUCGCCGUUGGUAACGACGCCCACGUUCCCUGAUGUAAUUCGGACUAAAAGACAUUCUCCCCCAUCCCCUCCUGUCCUGGCCCCCAUCGCUGCUGCUGAGGCAGUUGGUCUGUUUAGAUCCAAGGUGUUUGUUUUUUUUAGGGGUCACAAUGCAGCAUGGCGAGAAUAAUGGAUUCUACCCAACCGCCUUCCAGUAUGAAGUUGGUCAAGUGUUUUAGAAGUAGCGGAGUCAUCCAGCUGCGUGUUGCAAGUGAUCGAUAUUGGAAAGAAGACAUUUCGAAAGAGAGAUGGUCGCACGGCGCUCUCUCCUGCCUUAAUUCCAUGGACUCUGCUGAAGGACUCUCAUUAGCAUUGUGUUAAGCUUCAAAGUGUUGCACCGACGUCUUAAAAUGCUACUGUUGUGCCUCUCUAAGAGUGUCUAAUCUCUUGACUGGGUUUAAGCACUUAUGACAUUUCUGGAAAAAAAAAACAAAAAAAGAAAAAAGGAUGAAUUUGAUCUGUACCUCAAACACACAGAACUGUGGGUUUCUUUUUUGUUAUUUGUGUUCUAGUUAUUUUUGGCUCUUACUUGUGCCAUUAGAUUGAAACUAUAAAGGUAGAUUUUAUGGAUCUAAACUCUUUAUCUAGUGGCAGACGUUGACAUAAUUCAAACUUUCUACCUCUACGUUGUCAUAUAUCUUUCUGUAAAAAAAAAAAAAAAUCAUUAGAGCUAGUUUUAACCUCUAACAGUUUAGGCCAUUUUACCACUGAAGAUGGGGACAUGUUCAAAAUUCAACUUUGAAGGACUGGAUACACCUUUUUUUUUUUUUUUUUUUUUUUUUUUUUAAAAUUCUAGCGGUGUGUUCUGGAGUCGUCGUUCUCUAUACUCGUCUUUAAUUAUAUUUCUACUUAUUUACUACCUCAGAAGAGACAGGAGACUGUCCAUCUAACUGCAGAGAAAGUGUCUGUGUAGAGUUUUAUUUUUAUCAGAACAAGCACAUGUACUUUGUAGCUCCGUAGGCUUUUUUUGUUUUCUUUUUUUUGUUUUCUUUUUGUUUAAACUGAGGUUAGCUCACAGUAUAUUGAUGUGUACUGCAGCGAGUACCACAUUGCCUAUUUGUUCACACUGCAUUUGUUCUGUUACAGUACUGCUUCUCUGCAUCGUCCGUCUGGAAUGUUUACCCUGUUUAUGAAUCUGGCCUCUGUCUGAAGGAGCUCUACGGUUGCUUGCGAGGAUGUGCAGACAGCUCUUUGGUAGUUGUUGUGAGCACUUCACCUGAAAACGCCGUCAUUACUGGAUGUUCCAAAUUGACGUUCGUGCUUUAUCAAGGAAAGAAACAAACACUUAAACAGUGAUGAUUUUUUUUUUUUGUGUAAUUAUUUGCAGUGGUUGCAAAAGGCUGUUGGAGGCGCUAAUAGGAUAAUAGGAUUAUCAUACAGGAAGUAAGUGACAAAUAACCGGUUUUGUCAUUGAGGUUAAGUUUAGUGAAGCACUUGUCAGAAUUUGCAUGGUGCAUAUUUUUGAGUAAUUCAGACGCGGUCAGCAAACUUUACCCCAGACUGGUGCAUGUGAGAUCCCCCCCUGGAUGUUUGUGGUUUGGACAACACGAGGUGAAGCAUUCCAGACUGAACGUAGAGAAGCGGAGCAGGGCAGAGAACAUGACAUUUCAUUUCACUAAAUGAUUGUUCGGUCCCUGUUGUGUCGCCUGCAUUGAGGCGGGCUCUGAGAACCGCCGCGAUGCAGGUUUCACCACCUUUAACUUAGAUAAGUUUUGCUUUAGGUGUUUGUAUUACCACUUAAUAGACUAGAAGACAGUGAAAAGUGCAAAGAUUUGUCAUUUUCUAAUUGUCUGAACAUAAAAGUAAUACAAAAUAAAUCUUUAGAUUUACA